AUGGACUCAAACCCCUGUCAGAACGAGCGCCAUUGGCCGAGUAGUGAUGGCGCCAUGGCUGCUCUGCCCUGCUCCCUCUCCAGUGGAGCACUCGUGUCGCCACGAAUCACGCGCCAGCAGCAGCAGCCGCAGCAGCAGCAGCAGCAGCAGCAGCAGCAGCAGCAGCAGCAGCAGCAGCAGCAGCAGCAGCAGCAGCAGCAGCAGCAACAGCAGCAGCAGAAAAGGCGGCAGCAGCAGCUCCUGUCUGCAGGUUUCAAGGGAAUACGAACUGGGGAGGGGAUGGUGCAGUGUAGCCCAGUGGGGAAGGUGAUAGGUGAGAUAGAGGAGCAGCGGAGAGAGGGGGAGGAUCGUUCAGGGCUGGAGGGGACGCAUGGAGAGUAUGUGCGGCUGUGGUGGCGGCGGCAAAAGCAGCAGCAGCCGUUGUCGCCGCUGCAGCAACAGCAGCAGGGUGAAAGCAUGGUUGAUUCGCCACCCCCCCAGCAACGGCAGCAGGUGCAGCAGCAGAGGAGGGGGAUUCAGGGCAUGGAGCCGAACCUCAGGCGGAGGCGAAACUUGUCAAAUGAGGAACUACAGGCGCAGGUCGAGGCGUUACAGCAGCAGCUGAAUCAGGUACAAACGGAGCACCUGCUCCAGCAGGAACGGGUGAAGCAGCAUGGGGCGGUGCAGGCGAAGGAAUCGCACAGAAUGGAGGUGGUGGUGGUUCAGGAGGAACAAGGGCCGAGGCAGGAAGAGGCAUUGCAGGAUGAGCAGGAGGCGAGGGUAAAGCCAAGAGGGACAGGUCAGGAGGGGCUCUGUUUGAAGGAGCAGCCGUGUCGGGAUGUAGGAAGCUAA